AUGAAUUUAAAUCAUUUUCAACAACUGUUGGUUUAUAAAGAAGACCCCAUAAUAUCAAUUAAUAAUACAACUGAUGCUUUAAUGGAGAUGCAGGAAUACCAUGAAGAAGAAGAAGAAAAAAAAAGAAUAGAAUUUGAAAAAAAAGGAAUUGUAUAUGAAAAAAAACCAUGGGAACCACCAAGAUUUUUUUCCUCAGAAGAGGAAAGACUUCAAUAUAAUAAAAAAGUAGAUGAGAAAAUUAAUAAAAUGUAUAAAGGAGUUGAAAGCAAACUCUAA